AUGUCUUCCGUCACGAGUCCCCACCGCCUUUCCGCGCGGAAGUCCGGCCAUCGUUCCGCCGCAGCUCCUGCUUCAAUUCGCAACACAUCUUCUGCUGCCCGUCCAGCCUCGCAGCCUCUCCGCCGUUCUCUGCCAUCGCAGCAGACUUCUAGGGCUUCACCAGCCCCUCCCCGUCAGCCCAGCACUGGCCAUGUGUCGAGUCAGCUCGCUUCUGCUUGGCCGUUCAAUCCCCAGGAAACAGAACUAAUCCGCGCCGGAUACCGUCCCGCCUUUAAACCGCAACCCAUCGCCGAAGCGGACGAACAGUCCUCGAACAAUAGCAACAAGAAUAACAAUAAAAAGGGGACGACCAAUAAGAAGAACAAUAUGGCGGAACCACGAGCCCGUGCCGCUAGGCACAAGGGUCAGAUGAACUUUGCAUCUGAACUCCGUCUCCUCCUUCUUGCCUAUGGUGACCCCCGUCCGCACCCAUCUUACCCUCCCGAGCCACUCCCCGAAACCAUCCGUGUACUGGACGAGAUUGUCACCGACUUUGUUCUCGAGAUGUGUCACGGUGCGGCACAGUACGCCAGCUAUUCCCGCCGACAGAAGAUCAAGGUCGAUGACUUCCGAUUUGCGUUGCGCCGGGAUCCGAACAAGCUUGGUCGUGUGCAGGAACUUCUUCGCAUGGAGCGUGAGCUGAAAGAGGCUCGUAAGGCAUUUGAUCAGAACGAUGAUCAGGUCGGCAACUUGAAGGAUGCGGGCAAGAAGGGUCUCGAAGAACUUGGUGAAAGCGUUGAUGGGAAGAAGAGUAAGGGCAAGGGGAAGAGAAAUGCCAGGCGCGAUUCUGAUGCAACAGAGGAUACGGCGCCGAAGAAGCGAAAGGUCGUAGGAUGA